AUGGAGAGAGAAACAGCAGCAAAAGAAGCGGCGAGUUCCUCCUCAUCUCCAUCUCCAAGCCGUUACGAGGCGCAGAAGAGACGAGACUGGAACAACUUCCUCGACUAUCUAAAGAACCACCACAAGCCACCACCUCUAACCCUGUCUCGUUGCAUUGGCGGCAUACACGUCAUCGAGUUCCUCAAGCACAUCGACCAGUUUGGUAAGACCAAAGUCCACGUCUUGUCUUGUCCCUUCUUCGGAGAACCGAACCCACCGGCUAAGUGCACUUGCCCUCUCAGACAAGCGUGGGGAAGCCUCGACUCUCUCAUCGGUCGUCUAAGGGCUGCGUUCGAGGAAAUCGGGGGUGGUCCUCCCGAGUCGAACCCUUUCGCUGCUAAGGCGGUUGGGAUCUAUCUUAAGGAAGUGCGUCGAACUCAGGCUAAGGCUCGUGGGAUUCCCUACGAGAAGAGAACACGGAAACGGCUCUCUACAGCAGCCAAGGCAGCUCUAAAGGCUGAUGAUGGCGGUGGACGUGGUGGUUCUGCUUUGGUUGUGGUGGCUGCAACGAUGGUUUAG